AUGGACAGCUUUAAUACGUCAUUUUCACGAUAUGAUCAGUUGCAAGAUUUUGUUAUCAGUGUUGUAUUAUUUCUGGUAUUCGCUAUCGCGUUAACCGCUCUAUGUUCCUCAUUACUGUGGUGUCACUUCUUCGUAAUUUUCAAUAAGGACAAGAAGAAAAGCAAAACGACUGAGGACGAGUUAUCGUGCUGUACCGUCUGA